AUGUCUGGUAGUGAUGUGUCUGGUAGUGAUAGUGAUGCAUCUGAAAGAGUUAGUUUAGAUGGUUUAGACAUGGAUGGUAUAGAAGUAGAUGAACUGUGUGAUAGUGAUAAUUCUAUAAGGUUAGAUAGUGCACAUGAAUCUGACUCAGAUGGCCAAAAUUGGCCUGAGUUUAACUUAGAGAAUGACAUGAGUAAUCCUAGACUUAAGCAAGAUGUCAAAAGAGAUUUUUGUUGCUUGGUCUCACUAACCAAACGUAGGAGGGCUAAACUUAGGUCAUUGGAAUUAAUUGAAGGAGCUCAUAAGGCUCAAUAUGAGAAGAUUUAUGAGUACUUGUUGGAGGCAUGCAAAGAUGGCUAUAGGGCUGGUUGUAGGAGAAUAGUAGGUUUAGAUGGAUGUUUCUUAAAGGGCUACUAUGGUGGUUACUUACUUGCAACUGUUGGGAUAGAUGCAAAUAAUAGCAUCUAUCCACUUGCAUAUGUUGCUGUUGAAAGUGAAAACCAAGCAUCAUGGCUUUGGUUCUUGGAGUUGCUUGCAAUAGACUUGAAAAUUAUGAGCUCGAACAAGAUAUCUUUCAUGUCUGACAAACAAAAGGGACUUUUGGAAGCAAUAUGUAUGUUGUUUCCUAAUGCAGAAACAAGACACUGUGUUAGACACCUACAUUCCAAUUUCAAGAAUGCUGGUUUUCGAAUAAAGGAGUUGAAAGAUUUUCUUUGGAAAGCUACCAGAGCAAGCACUACAAGAGAGUUCGAUGAUGCCAUGGAUGAACUGAGAAAAACCAAUCAGCAUGCUUAUGACUGGUUGAAGAAGAAGAACCCUACUCACUGGUCAAUGUCUCACUUCUCAAUUAAGAGUCAUUCUGAUAUGUUGAUGAUACUGGAAGCAAGAGGUAAACCUAUUCAGACCAUGAUGGAAACAAUAAGGACCAAGAUUAUGUUACUUAUUGUCAAGAAGAAAGAAGAAGCUGACAAAUGGAAAGGAAUUUUGUGUCCAAAGAUCAAGAAAAAGCUGGAUGUAAAUAUAAAAGAUUCAUUAAGGUGUGUUCCAUCACAUGUUGGUGGGGACAAGUAUCAGGUUGAAUGUGGUCCAGGCAGCCAGCAUGUGGUGGACUUAGUUCAGAAUUCCUACUCUUGCAGGAACUGGGAUCUUACUGGCAUCCCUUGCAUGCAUGCAUUAGCUGUCAUUCAUGUAAAAAAUGAGUUCCCAGAGACCUAUGUACGAACCUGGUACACCAAGCAAACCCAGCUUCAAAUUUACUCCAACUUUGUAAGUCCAAUAAGGGGUCCUAAACAAUGGGUCUCUUUGUCAAACAUGCUACCAAUACUACCGCCUCCACUAAGAAGGCCACCUGGCAGACCUACUAAAGUGAGAAGGAAAGAACCUGAUAAAUCUCAAACAACAGAAAGGUUGAGCAAGAGAGGGGUGGAAAUGAGGUGCAGUAAAUGCAAAAUAAUAAGCCACAACAAGAGGAGUUGCAAAGGGGAAGUUGGCCAAAACAUUCCACAACAGGCUACCCUCAGACAGCAAAAGGGUACCCCAACUCAGUUACCUACUACCCCAACUCAGAUACCUACUGCCCCAACUCAUCAAGAAGCUGCCCUAAGACAAAAGUUCCCAUUAAAGACAAAAUCAAUCACAACCACUGUUAGAUGGAUGCCUUCUACUCGAGAGUCAUCCAUGACAGACCAUUGA